GAAAGAUUAUACACUUACCUCUGUCCUUCGCCAUUUCACUUAUUUUGCGAUCUUUUUAGUUUUAUAUUUUCAGUCAAAACUAAUAACAUAUUUCAGAUCACCAGAUAACACUGGAUCGAACAACACAUUCGAUUUUCGAACAAAAAAGGUUUAUUGAUAAUUUUCUCUCUGGGUUAAUGGUGCGUGUGUAAUCUUUCUAACAAAACCUUCACAUGCGUUUUUCGGAAUCAUAGAUUUCUAUGAUUAUUUUUUCAAGAUUAUGAUGUACAUGCAGAUUCUAUAGUAGAAAGAGCGACCCUUAGUUCCUCGUUCUCGCUCUUCUACGUAUGUUUCAAUCGUGGAUGCUUGUUCUGAAUGAAUUUACAGAACCACACAAUAGUUAACCUUCAUACUUUAGCUAGAUAAUCUACAGACACUGUAGCGUCUUUGGCGCGAAUUUAAAGUUAAAAUUAUGCUCCUAGACUGAGGUGUACAUUUUUUUCGCAACGGUUCUCGAAUUUUGAACAAAAAAGGCAAUCCUCACCCGUAAAAUAGCUGUAUUUCACUAACUACUAAUAGCCAACUCAUGAAAUUCACAACGCAGAUAGAGCACAGUCGUGGCUACAUUGUAAUAAAAAGAAAAAAUUUUCAUCUCUCUUGGGUUAGAAGCUACUGAUAUUUUACGAAAAAUAAAUAAAUCGCUUAUAUCUCUCGAACCAUCCAGUAAAAGAGGCCCGAACUUGGUGAGUGAUCAGCAUUCGGUAAGGGCUAUGAUUACACAAAAUUAGAAUUCCCUAGCUAUCAUGGUUCUUAAGUUACAGGGGUGUCGCUAUCUUUGCGGAGUACUGUAUCGCACUUUUAAAGUUUCUAAACUCAUCAUUUUAAACUUAAAUACAACAAAACCCUAAAAAACAUCGUAAAAUUCAAUGAAAAUACUAUUGAGCUCUCUACGUGGUGUUCAGACGGUUUUCUAGAAAAUCUUUCUUCUUUAAGCAAUUCCAACUGAUAGAAAGUUCAAUUCUGAACAAAAUGAGACCUCUCCGAGCGUUAUCUGGCAUUGUGGAGGCUCAGGACAAUAACUUUAUUUUAGUAGGGAUGAACCAGAAACGCAUAUUUCGGCUAGCACUUGACCAAGAAUGCUAAGAGAAGUCUCAUUUUGUUCAGAAUUGAAUUUUCUAUCAGUUGGAAUUAUUUAAAGAAGCAAGGUUGUCUAGAAAACAGGGUUUCUGGAAAACUGCCUGAACAGCACGUGGAGUGCUCGAAAGUAUUUUCAUUGUAUUUUACGAUCUUUUUAACCUAUUUCACUAGAAUUUUAUUGUAUUUAAGUCUAAAAUGAUAAGAGAGAAAAAUCGGUUCGCUGUUUUAAUAUGAAAAGGUUAUUUUUUAAUAAAAUUGACGUUUCUCAAAGACGGUAAGAAAUAAAAAGAAGCGUGCGGAUCGGUGUUGAGUGACAGUUCGUAUGGCAUAAAAAGAAAGGCUUCAUCUCUAAACCAAAAAAACUAGAUUGGUUUACGAACUCGACCAUGGACAUUUUAAGAAUCCAGUUCCUGCUCAAAAAAUUCGAUCAAAAAUGUUUUUUUUAAUAAUAUCUAACCAACAUUUUUGGAUUUAGCUUUUUAUUCUAAAUCUGAAAAAAAUUAGUUUUAGACUUUCAAAAACUAUUUAGAGAAAAUUUGGCGGAUUUUUCAAAAAUGAGGCGUUUUUUCCAUUUUUGGUCUACCUCCGAAUUUUAACUUUUUCCCGACAAAAUCAUUUUUUAAAAAAUUAAAAACUACUUUCGCGUAGUCAGCUCGAUGAACUUCAUCCAACCAUAUGUAAAACACGAAAAAAAAAGAAUCAAAAGUUAACAUUUUCUAUUCUUGUUCUAGUCCCUAGUAAAAUCGAAUGGAUUAAUGGUUAUGCUUAUAACAGCAGUGCAGUUGUUGUCUAUUGGAAACCCGUUAAUUCCACCAAUGGUCCAGAUUUUCGUUACAUUAUUUAUUAUACAACAGACAUCUCAACACCUUUUUAUGAAUGGCAAAAUAUUACAGUUUACACCUAUUCUAUUUACGUAUUAACGAAUAUCACGUUUAAAACGAAUAAGGCUAAAACGCUUGUUCUACGUGUUGCAGGUGUUAAUGCUAAAGGUUCAACAUUAAGCGGAUUUCACAUCGUAAAUUUCACAUCAUUUUACAGUUCAUUGUCAUCAUCCGUUGAAAAUUUUCAAUGUUCACAUGUUACGCCAUCUUCAGCUUUCGAAUCAACAUCAUUAUCAACCACUAAAUUAUUGCUCAAAUGGACAAUACCAUCGUCACUAAUUGUUGAACAUUAUAUAUUAUACUACUUUGAUUUAUCUGAACAAACGAUAAAUCAUCUCGCUCAAACAUUUAUCAUUUCAUCAUCAAAUGUGAUUAAAAAUCAAAAUUCUAUACAAUACAUGUUGGACAGUUCAUUGUUAAAUUUAAAACCCAAACCUCGUCAUACACUAAGUUUAAACAUGGCUAUAAUGGAUAAUGAAAAAUAUCAAAGUCCAAUGUCAGAGCCAACAAUUUAUUGUCUAACAGCAGCUCAUGAUAAAAAUUUGUUAAUUACUGAACAUACAGUGUGA